AUGUUAUAUUUAUUAUUGAUUCCGGCUCUUGCUUAUGUACAAGAAUAAUAAUUGAUGGAAAUCUAUAAUCAGAUGAACGGCAUUAAGGAGUCCAUAUCUUAAUUGGAAUAUUAUACUGCUCUAGAGAAAUUAGAAUGGAAAUCUCGCUAGGAUAGAGAGUUUGAGGAGGAAGGGAUGACAAUUUAUUUAGAACAUUUUGCUGAUGUGAGUUAGAAUAUGGUUACUUUAGGUCCACAAAUUACUUAAGUAGAGACUCAAUUCAGAAAAAAAGGAAAAGGAUAGCUUAGAACUCUUUCUUCAUGAGACAUACCUAAAAGUCAUAAAUCUUCUAAAACGCCUAAUCAUAGACAAAGUAUCAUUCUUUUAUUCAUUGUCUUAGGAUAAAUUGAUUGAGACUGACACAAGAGAAUUAGCAAAGAUAAAGCAUCAGGCUAGAGAAGAUACGUAGAAGCGCUUUGAUGAAUACAACUUUUUACUUUAAAAAAUUAAAGAAGGUAAAAAUGGGCAAUUAAAUAAAUAGUGGUUGAUUCUUCUAAUAUUUAAGAUAUUUUUAAAACUUUAGAAUUAUUAGAAUCAAAGAUAAUGAUAGGUCUUUUCAAAUCCAAUCCAAGUUAAGAAUUGGAUUUCUUCAUAAAAGGAGUAGAUCGAUUGUUUAAAUAAAGCAACCAUUUAAAUUCAAAAAAUGAAGCUCUACAAUUAUUAAGUUUGAUGCAUAGUGUCAUAUAAGAAACUCUUAUUGGAAUGAUGAAUGAACAGUUAGAAUCUUCCUUUGAUCUUUUGGAUAAAGAACUUUUCUACUCUCAAUCUAAAAACACUCACUAACAAGCAAAGGAGUCAUUGAUCAUUCUCCUUAAUAAACUUGAAAGUAAGAUCCAUUAAUAUCUAUUAAAAAGUAACAGGAGUAAAGUUCUGGAAUGAACAAUUAAAAUUAAAUGGUAAUGAGGAUCAUUUGAUUGAAAUAUUUUAGAGUUCCCUUGAUUAAGCUAUGUUGAUGAGUAAUAGAUCAAUUCAAUAUCAUCAAUAACUAUCAGAUACUCUUAGAGCUAUGUUGGAACGAUUUCUUCAAAGUUGA